ACAAAAUAGGCAGGGCCGCGCGCAGGAGGAAAUGGCGCCAACUGCCAAGCUCGCGCGCGCCAAUCUCGCGCCUUCUUCUCCCUCCAUCUAUUUCCCUAGUCAAGCCCUCAUCCGAAUCCCCAUCCCCGAUCCAUCCCUACCCCAGCUCAGCUCAGCUGCCCCUCCCCUCUUUCCACUCACCAGCGCCAGAUCUCCCGCCACCAUCAUGGCCUCUGACGCCACCGACGCCCCGGCGCAGCCCGUGCCCGCCAAGCGUCGCGGAAGCUACAACUGCGGUCGGUGCGGGCUGCCCAAGAAGGGCCACGUCUGCUCCGUCCCGGGUCCCGCCUCCUCCGCCGCCGCUGGGGGCGGCGACAAAGCGGGGGAGCCGCAGCCACAGACCAAGCCGCGGCGCGCGCUGCAUUUCGACGACCCGGCGGCGUCGGCCGUGGUGCUGGACGCCGUGCCACUGGCGGUCUCGGCGCCGCCGCUGCAGGCGGGGUCGAAGAAGGCGGUGGACGUGGAGGAGGACGGCGACGGCGACAACGACCCGCCGGCGGAGCGGUGGGUCGAGGUUGGCGCGGGCCGGCGGGCGCCCGGGGUUGUGUUGGUCGAGGUGCUACGGCGCCUGUCCCCACGCUCCGUGGCGGCCGCGGCCGGGGUCAGCCGCGGCUGGCACGAGUGCGCGCGCCGCGUCUGGAGGGCCGCCGAGGAGGUUCGCCUUUGCGCCGCCGGUGUCAGUUCCGUCGGUGCGCUCAUGGCGCGGUGCCCCGCGCUCGCGAGGCUCGUGCUCCGCAUGGACUGUGAUGUUGAUGCCACAACGCUGGCAUGUAUUGCAUUUUCCUGUCCCAAUUUACAGUCCCUGGAUAUCAGCAUGGCCAAUAGCGCCGCCAACAGGAUAUCUGGGGAUGAGCUAUCUAGGUUUGUUUCGGAGAAGCGAUCUCUGUCAGUUCUUAAAUUAGAUGGCUGCAGCAGUCUUGGUUUUAUCAAUAUCAGCUCUUCAAGCCUUUCAAGACUUUGGAUGUCAGGUCUUUCUUCCCUUACCAAAGCGGUCAUGAACUGCCCCAAUUUGAAUGAGCUCUCCCUGGACUUUCCCAAACAAAAUAAUGAUUCUACUGACCUGGUUGCUCUAAUGGAUAGCCUAGGCCGCACCUGCCCGAACUUGAGGAACAUGCACAUCUCAUCAGACCGCUUGUGCAACGAAGCUGUGUUUGCUCUAGAGAGUGCUAACCUCAGGGGCAUGUGCAUGCUCUCCUUGGUUCUAGGUUCAAAAAUAACAGAUGCAGCUGUCGCAUCGAUUGUUCGUUCUUACGCGAGCUUGGAGCUGCUCGAUUUAAGCGGGUCUGGCAUCACUGACAAUGGGCUUGGGAUGAUCAGCAACACGUUCCCUAACACCCUAACACGUCUGCUCCUUGCUCUGUGCCCAAACAUCACCCCAUGCGGGAUUCAGGUGGCUGCAGCACAGCUGCCGCUCCUUCGCCUCAUGGACUGUGGCAAGAGCAUAUGUGCUAACCCCCAGCCUGAAGCUGGGAGAUCAUACUCUGGCGAUCUAACUGAUGGGAUCAAAUUCUGCUCCAAAUUACCUGUCCAGAGAAAGCAGCAGGCUACUUGCCAGAAGCUGAUCAUAAAGCAUAGCGCCCUGAAGAAGCUCAGCCUGUGGGGCUGUUCAGGGAUCGAUGCCCUGUACGUGAGCUGCCCGGAGCUGGUCGAGCUGAACCUCAACUCCUGCACGAACCUUCAUCCAGAGCGGCUGCUGAUCCAGUGCCCCAAGCUGGAAGACGUGCACGUCAACGGGUGCCGUGACAUGCUGGUCGGAGCCAUCAGGAACCAGGUCCUUAACGAGUUCGCGGCCGCGGCGCCCCGGGUGCCCUGCAAGCGGCUGGCCGACGGGUCCAAGCGCGUGCACGUGCCCCACUACAUGGUAGAGCAGCUGGAGGAACAUGAGAAAUGGGGCAGCAGGCCGCGGAAGAGCCAGUGCACCGUUCAUCUCACCUAGGCUAGGCGCCUGUUAAGUGAGAGGCCCUGGUGAUCGCCGGCGUCAGGAGCUUGCGGCGUCGAUACAGCGAGACUAGAUGGAAAUGGUACGGAUAUUUUUCGAUAUCCGUCGGUUAUGAAAUGGUCAAAACUUUAUAUGGAUAAUCUAUAUCUAAAUCCAAAUAUUUGAAAUCUGACUUUCUGAAUCCAGCUACUCAAAAUCGUCAGAUUUGAAGACAAAUAUAGACAUGUCACAUAUGUUCCCGCAUCAAAUUUCACACAUAUGAUGAUU